AACCCAAAACCUUACACACAUACAUCAGAGGGACACGAACUCAAACCGUUUAAGCUUCUCCGAGUUUUGACCUACAACACUCUCGAAUCCCCUCUUGUGUGUUGUAGCCGCCCCGUGACCAUCAAUGGCGGAAACUGCUGUCGACAAAUCCCAAUCUCUCGCUGAGGAAUAUUAUGUGAAGGAUAAGCAAACAGCUGUAGUUGAAAAACCUGUUGAGGUCAAAGAAGUUGAAAACCCAGAGGAGGCUGCUUCUGAGGAACCCGUUGCUGAGAAAACUGUGGAAGAAACAACUCCUGUUGCCCCUGCAGUUGCUCAGGAAAGCAGUGAAGUCACCCCUCCUCCUGCUGAAGAAAACACUGAAGAGCAAAGUAGUGGAAAUGUUGAAGAAAACUCUGGCAAUGAAGAUGCAGCUGAAGAGACCCCUGAAAUUAAGCUUGAAACUGCUCCAGCAGAUUUCCGUUUUCCAACUACAAAUCAAACCAGGCAUUGCUUUACCCGAUACGUUGAAUAUCAUCGAUGCGUAGCUGCCAAGGGAGAAGGUGCACCAGAAUGUGACAAGUUUGCCAAAUAUUAUCGUUCUCUUUGCCCUGGUGAAUGGAUUGACAGAUGGAACGAGCAAAGGGAGAAUGGAACAUUCCCAGGCCCGCUGUAGGUGGUGUGCAUAACUGAAAUGGCUGCACAAUUCGUUUUUCAGUAUUAUAUUUCAAAUUGCUAGAGAUAAACUCCCAUACAUUUGGGGAAUGUACGCAUUGGCCUAAUAAGAAAUUUUGGAUAUAUGUUUGAACUAAGCUUGAGUUAUACAAUUUUCAGGAAACGCACCUGGUGAAAUGUCCAGAGAUAUAUGCUAUAAUUUGACUGGAUUCUUUAAGCU